AUGAUUCCAUUACGUGGCUUGUCUGACAUUGAGUGGCUGUCAGAGGAGUUGAAUAAGGGACUAGAUAGUGAGGACGAUGAUGAUUCCAUUAAGAUAAGUUUUUCGACUUUUAGUAUGCCUAAAAGUUUGGGAUAUUAUAAAUGGGAAGUAGGAACCUAUUUCGCUAAGAAAAAAGAAUUCACAGAUGCGAUAAGGACUUAUACACUGAGUAAUGGGAGAAAUUUAAAAUUUGUUAAGAAUGACAAGAAGAGGGUUUCUGUAAAGUGUGGUGUCAAGGCAUGGCAACUAAGGAAAGUGAUUGAUCAUCACAAUUGUAGUAGAGAUUUCAAUGUAAAGUUGAUAACUUCAAAAUGGUUGAGUGAAAGGAUGGAAAAAGUUGUCAAAGAAAACCCUAAUAUGAAGGUGAUGGAUAUUAGGGAGAAAGUGAGUAGGAAAUGGAAUGUGGGAAUUUCUAGAAAUAUGACUUUUAGGGCAAGAGCCAUUGCAAAGGAUACUGUUGAAGGGUCAUUCAAGGAACAAUUUAAAAGAAUUUAUGAUUAUGGUCAUGAGCUGAUGAGAACAAAUCAAGGUUCAAUAGUACAAAUCAAAGUUGAAAAUACUAAUGGUGAAGUAAUAUUCAAGAGAUUUUAUGCAUGCUUGAAGGCAUGCAAAGAUAGCUUCAUUUGUUGUAGACCCAUUAUUGGGUUAAAUGGAUGCUUUUUGAAAGGAAAGUAUGGAGGGGAGUUACUAACAGCAGCGAGAAGAGAUGGAAACGAACAAAUUUUGCCCAUAGCAUAUUUUGUUGUUGAGGACCUUGGUGGGGAAGCUGUCUGUGCAUCAUGCACAUUUAUUCAGACCAACAAAAGGGGUCUAUUGUCAGCUAUUCAAGAUCUUCUACCUGGGUAG